AUGUUGUCGGACCUGCGCGCGCACGAGUGCACGGAUCUCGUGAAAGCCGCCGUCGCCAGAGGCGAGGAGCUGAUGGCGCGCGGGAAGGAGUUGCGCGCGCGCGGAUCGGGCGGGGGGCCGCCGCCGGCUCCCGCGGAUGGGUGCGCGGUGCAUUUCUCCGUGAUCGGAAGCCGCCAGCCCUGGACGGGACAAGGCGGCCGUUUGCGCUCCAUCCGCGACUUCGUCGCGGGGCUGCCGCGCGAUCGCGUCGUGAUCACCACCGACGCCGACGACGUCUUUCUCAUGCCGCACCCCAAAUGCCGCCCGCAAAACUUCCUCGACGCAUUCUUUGCGCUCAACGCGCCGGUGGUUAUCGGCGCGGAGAUCUACUGCUGGCCGGAUAUGGGCAAACUAGAACCUUUCUACCCGCCCAGGAACAGGCACUCCGUGAAUCGGUUUCUUAACGCGGGUGCUUAUGUCGGGUACGCGUGGGCGCUGGCGGAGAUCAUCGAUCUGAUCUACGUGCGCGACUGCAUGCAGGACCAGCGCGGGUUCAUCCUCGCGUUCCUCGCGCAGCAGUACCUCUUCCGCGACAUCCCGCGCGCGCCCAACCCGGACCCCGCCGCCGUACGCGCCGCGUGGGAAUCGCCGAACGACGUGACGGAGGCAGUUCUAGCCCAGGCGGAGGCGGCGGAGUCGGCGAGCCGAGCGGCGUGGCGGAACAACCGCACGGUGCAGUUCGAAUCCGCCAUGUUGCCGUUCCACCGCCUGCCCGCCAAGCCCAAGCAGCGCGUCAUGGACGAAGCGAGGCGCGCCGGGCACCGGGACGCGGCGUCUGUAAUGGCGGCGCCGUUCAUCAAGCUGGACCACUACAGCGCGCUGUUCAUGCACCUGGGGGGAAUGCCGUGGGAACAUUUUGAGAUUUUGGGUACAGGGGAGCAGGCGCUGGUGCGGCAACUAUCUCGUAUGGGGAGGCGUGCAUCUUGCACCAGCAGGGGAAUAAGCUCGUGA